AUGGCAAGCAAACAGCGCCUUCUACGGUUCACCAUCCUGGUUUAUCGCAAGCCGGAACUCUCAGAGGAUGAGUUCCACUCGUACUGGACAACAAAGCAUGUACCUCUUGUUCAGGACUGGUUAGCACGGCACGGAAUCUUGAAGUAUACACAGUACCAUACCCCGUCCUCGGUGCGGGAGCAAGCCAAAUCAGUGCCCGGCCUUAGCCAAGCUAGCAUAGCCGAGUAUGACGGUUUCGUGGAAUUGUUGAUGCCAUCUCUGUCGUGUUUUGAUGAGGCACAAAAGGAUCCUUACUACCAGGAAGUUGUUGUCCAGGACGAAUUAAAGUUCGCAGACGUGCCGAGGACACAGAUCCUCAUUGGCUGGGAGGAAGUAUAUGUCGAGAAUGGCAAGGUCGUUGAGGUGCAGCCAGGUCAAGCUAACAUUGUGAUGGGGUGA